AUGCCUAAUAUCUCCGAGACUCCACCUGAACAAGCCUCUUCAAGUCGCGAAGAUACAAUUCCGGAGUCGGACGACGCAACACCGGAUGAUGAUAGCGGCAGCAUGACUAUCCCUUUGCCUAAUAAGUCGCCCGAGCCAAGCCUUUCAGCAAUACAAAGACUGCCGCAGAAACAGAAAGCCAUCAAGUCAACGGAGGAAGAAUCCGUCAGGGCUGCCAGUCCUGUGGAACGCAGCACAACGCCGACACAAUCGCCGCCACCGCCACCUCACGAUGAGGCAGGCGAACCUGCACCGGGGCGUGCCAUUAGCUCGACACCUUUACUGUCCCGUUCUGCCACCCCUACUGCCCUGCGUCCUGUCGAAGCAUCAGCAGAGCCGACCCGGCCCUCUCAAGCGCCAUUACCAGUCCCCGAAAUUAUGAUCCCAGAUGUACCAGCUCCGGCAACAGUCGUCAGUACUCAUCCAACCAUCGAACCCGAACACCUUCGGGUGCCUGUCGAGAACGGUGGUGGUAGAACAAGCAAGAAGCCCCCACUGCAAGCAGAUGUGCUCGUCACUACACGCUCAGCUGUAGAAGCGUGCUUGAAACGUCAUGUGGCGGAACGACAUGAAUUACAUGCAUACCUGAUGGAGACGAAGAUGCGGAAUCAGAGAACGUUUCAAGAACAAGACCUACGCGCCCGGUCCCGUAAGCAGAAGCGUCCACAACAGCCAAUCCUACCCGAAAAGUACAUUCAGAAGACUUCCCCCUUUGAGAACAUGCGUGCUAUACAAGUGCCGUUCGACAGAGCCAACGCCAAGCGCCUCGUGGAUAUGAGUCAGGAAACAUUCAUCAAGGCCAAACCCAAGGAUACAGUGGUCAAGUCAGGCUUAGCCGUGCCCACUACAAAGUACAAGAGUGAUGCGCCAAAAAUUCCUCCUUUCAAAGAGUAUGUCAGUCUGAGGAACAACGUUCUCAAAGACAAUGAGUCAAAACUACUCGCAACACCCUAUUUCCAGGACGAAGACUAUCGUGGUCGCGAGGUUCUGCUGGAUACGCUUCCUUAUAUGUACGAGAUGACGCAUGACGAGAAGGGACCGCUAGACUUCCGCAAGGAACAGUGCCGGUUCUACGAUAAAGCCAUCGAAGCAUUCCUGUCUGAGAUAGGCAUCACGUGGAACGAUAUCCUGUUUUGGUUACUGGCCCAGGAUGAAGACCUUGUACGAAUCAACGACUCUUUGAAUGGAAGCAAGCAGUUUGAAGCACAGCUCCUCGAAAGAUCACGAUAUCACAUUGAGGAGUUUGAGAGAGACGGUGAGCCGAAGAAGGCUAUUCUGUUUGACCGGAACAACAAGAAGUGGGAAGAGUUUGUCGCACAGCUUGAAGAGCCGAUCCCGAGUGCUCUGAGACUUGCGGCAACAGCUUCUGCAGCGGUAUUCAAAGAAUGUGAAUUCAGCAUCUGGUACCUGGCUCAACAGUCCAAAGCUGUACAGAGUCUCAUACGGAAGAAGUCUGCACAUGAACAGUCUUCCAAGCACUCAACGUACAAAAAGAUCAUGUGCAGAGUAUGCCAUCAACACGAUUGCCUUCUUCAUGGCGAGAUCAGACAAGUACCUGAGGAUUCCUGGAAGACGGACUCAGAAGACGAAGAGCGCGCUACACAGGCGACUGAUGAUACCAGUCGUCGAGGCUCCAAUAACAAAACCCCGCGCCGUGUGUCGAACUUUAGCAGAGACGACACAGACGAUGAGAACGAACCCGGCGACCCCUUGCCCGCACAUUUUGACUCCGACUCCGACAUUGAGAAGGUCAUAAACUAUAAGCUCCCUGCAAACCCAAGUGCUUUCGAGUCUUGCUCAGAGACGGAGAUGAUUACCCCCAAAGGUGCGAAACCGCCACCUGUGCAUGGCUUUGGACUCUAUAUGGGCGAGGACAUCAAGAGUGGCGAGUAUAUUGGUGAAUAUACUGGCGAGGCCAUCUCGGUCAAAGAAGGCGAUCGCCGAGUGACGAUAUACGACUACCAGAAGACGAUGUAUCUGUUUCGUUUGAACUCGAAGCAGGAAGUUGAUGCGACAUACAUGGGUAAUAAACUACGCUUCAUCAACAAUGCCGACGACAAGUACACGAACUGCGGCCCCAAGAACUUGCUGUGCAACACGGUCUUUCGCAUCGCGCUCUUCGCCACCAGAGACAUCAAGGCAGGCACCGAACUGUUCUUCAACUACAACUAUCCCAAGGAGAAGACAGAGCAAUUCAAACAGCCUAAUGCCAAGAUCGUCGCGGUCAAACAGACCAAGCAAAAGACGAAGAAAAGGGAGUCACUCACCAGUCUGAGCCAGCCCAUCGAGGACCGCUCACGUAUCCUUGCCGCCACAGCAAAAGCCAGAGAGGCAAAAGCAGCGAAACGGAAAGAGGCCAUGCUGCAAGAGGGCGGCGUGGAGCCAGCCACCAGAAGGCGCUCUGGAACACUUCAAGCACGAAAGGCAGCUACGAGCAAGCCCGGACGCAAAGCAGUGCGAAAGUCCAAGCGCGGAGGGCUUAAUAGGAACGAGUCCACAGGUUCAGAUACGGGUAUGGAUGCAGAGGCAAGCGACCCCGAAAUCCCCGAUAUCCCUCCCGUCAUUGAGUCGCAGAGCACUCAGACUAGUCUGUACGUCCAGGACACGGAGGCGGAAGACGACGAGUUCAUCUUGCCAGAUACCCAAGAAGACGAAGAGCAAAAUGUGGCUGAAGCGGCCUCUGAGGAUGAUGAACCGCCCGGUCGAUCUACGAGGUCUCGUCGUGGGCCGGGUCGACCACGUAGGAGGGGGUCGGAUGUGGCGCCGGUGGUUGCGGUCAAGCAGGCGGUUAAGCAGGCAGUCAAGCAGAAGAAGUCGAAGAUGGGCGGUGCACGGCCAGGUGCUGGCAGGAAGAGAAAACGACCCGUUAUUGCUAACAGCGACGAUGAGUGA